AUGUUUAUUUCUCAUCAGCACAGAGAUCCACCUAAACCAAGAGGGCGAGAGUUACUGGCAACAGAACUGCUCGAGUUUCAACAAGUUCCAGCACCCAGACAGGAGCUGCAGUACAAACCGGAGCCCCGACAGUCAGGCCUGCACUACUUGCAACAUGGGGCCUACAGACCAAAGCCCCAACCAGUCAAUGAACUAGAGCGCGAGGCACUUGCUCAACUGUUCGGGAUACCAGCACUCACCAACCAGUGUAUCACUGUCUUCCACUACGCGAAGAGACAUCUCGAAGGAUCAGAGAACAAAAUGCCUACAGGAACAGGAGAUGGAGAGACUGCCGAUGCAGCUCAAGAGUUAUCAGCUGCUCAGUCGAAAGUAGAGAUAAGAAAGCUUGAACUUCAAGCUGAAGUUGAAAAGGAAAAGAUUCAACUAGAACGAGAAAAGCUACAACGUGAAGCAGAAGCAGAACGAGAAAAGCUGCAAAGUGAAGCAGAAGCAGAACGAGAAAAACUACAGAUAGAAAAACACCGCCUUGAAAGGGAAGCUGAACGGGAAAAAGUUGAAGCAGAGCUGGAGCUUAGAAUGAUGGAGUUAGAAGUUAAGAAACUUAAACUGGAAAACAAAACCAACAGUUCCGUACCAUGCAGGAUUUUAGAGAAGGCCAUGGCAGGUGAGGCCGAGAUACAGAGAAACAUCGUAGAUCAUGUGGUAAAUAUGCGCGAACGACUGGCCGAAAUCCGAGACACAGCGCGAGAGACACUGGUCAUAAAGAGACAAAAAAUCAAACAGUGGUAUGACCAGAACGCAACACAAAGGGAACUUCGUCCCGGCGAUGAAGUAUUAUUACUACUGCCCUCGGAUAGCUCCAAAAUGGUAGCUCAAUGGAAGGGACCUAUCACGUCAUACGGAAG